UUAGAUUUUGAAAUCGUUUCUUCAGAGGCUAGCAAACUUGUCACCGUCACAUUUCUGUACCUUCUACAAUAUUCACUUAAAUGUGCAGACACCAGUCUUAAUGCUAGAAAACAAACAGCAUGAUACAAUAUAUCCCACUGAAGUGCAAUGAAUACCGUUAAAAGUAGCUGGAUUAGUAUUAACGUUUCACAGACACAGAACUGGAUCUUAAGCUUAACAGAAACACAACACACUUCUAACUGACCUGCCCAUCAGUGAUUAAAAAAACAUCUCGCUAAAGAGCGUGUAAUUUUCUUUUCUCAAAUCAGCAAAGCCCCUUCCGCUGCCAGCAGAGGUAUCGUUGCACGAACAGUAUCACGUACCACAGCAUAGAGUUUAACAAGCUUUUUUGAAAGCCCACGCAAACAGUGCAGGCCAUACGUAACUGGCAGCCAAGAAGACGGAACUUGAACGCUGGCAAGUAAAUUUUGUGGGUGGACUGGAGGUGAUGAAUUUGUACACUGUUUUAACACAAUUCCGCUAAUGUUACACAAGACGGUGACUCAUUCGUAUAACAAUACUUUUGUCCAGGUAAAACGGGUUGACGGUACAUGCAGGCCUGCCGAUUUCAGCAGCAAAAAAAAACACGACUUUACAAGAGUAUUCAAUCAAUUUGCUGUUAAGUUUCUCUUUUAAUUCACUGUUUGGGCAACUUUGGUAUGAAAUGAGAAAGAAAAAAUAACUAUCAUUGCUGCCGCUAUUAACAAUUUGAACUCCAUACGUUAAUUAGAGCCAACGGAGUCACGUGGUAUGGGAUUGCUACCACUCGCACAUUGCUUCAUUUUAACGAAAAACAAAGUCACUAUGUAUGCAUGCAUGCAUGCAUGCCAAUAUAUAAAAUUACAGAAUGACCAGAACAGUAUCUGCGAGGCGCUGAUAGGCCUCAGCAAUCUAUGACCCUGGGGCUGACCCAGUGUGGCUGGGUUAUUAUUGUUUCUCCUUAUAGCAGGCAACCUGCAUGAAGAGAGAACAUCGGAGGAUCCCAGGCAUGUAUCCAGUGUGCAACGCAAUACAGGAAUCAGACUCUUUGUUGCGGGUGCUUUGUUCCAGUCUGUGAUAUAGACUUUCGUCUGGACUUGGCGGAUUGCGUUUGUAUUUUUAAAAGGCGUCAUAAAUAGACAACACCUAAUUGCGUCACCGCAGGACAGAGGACCGUCACACGGCCUCCGAGGCUCUCCGCUUACACAGCCUUCGGUCCGCUGUCCUCGCUCUCCUUCAUUCACCCAAUAGAUGAACACGGGCGUGGAGGCAGAGCGAGACGGAGAGGGGGACAGAGGGACGGGGGGACUGAAUGAGAAUGAAAGAGGGAGGGCGGCGAGCAUUAGAGAGACGGAGAGAGAGGGAGAAGGACAGAGGAGGAGGAGGAGAGGGCAACACUCGGGGACGAGGGACACAGAGAGGGAGUGAAGGAAAGACUAAGGGAGACUGAGGGAGUUAAAGAGAGAGGCAUGAUGGAGAGUUAGAGGGAAGAGAAAUUGAGUGGGGGGGGGGACAGACAGAGAGAGAGAGAGAGAGAGAGAGAGAGAGAGACAGAGACAGACAGAGGGCAAACUCUCCUUCCCAUUCUUUCUGUUGUCCAUGAAGCUGCACACACUGCCUGAGAGCAGCGCCACCAAUUUCGAGCGACCCCGUAAUAAUGAAAAAACGGACGAAACGCAAUAACAUUCGCUCUCGCAGAACGAAAACGGGUUUAGGAUAUAACGAUAAAUCAAUGAGAUAAACAAGAUUAUACUUUUUAUUCUACUUUCUGCCAGUGCGGUGAAAAAAUAGCGCCGGCGGGGGAUGCGUGUAGCUUGUAGUUGUUUGUGGGGCGGGGGAAAAAAAUAAGCAAAUAUUUUAGAUUACAAAAAAGAAAAAAAAAAACAACAAGCUAAAUGGCGAAAAGACAUAGUAAACUGACGUUAAGUAAAAAACCCCACGCGUUCAUUAGGUGGAGUUUGCGGAAAGAGUUGCUUUUAAUCCAAUGAGCGCGCGCCUGUCAGCGAGUCACCUUCGGAAUUCGGCGGGACUUGGUUGGGCGCGCGCCGCCCGGGCUGGGGCGCGAGGCGGCCGAUAAGCGGCGUUUCUGAGCGGGAGCGCAGCGCUGACAUCCACAGCGGCGGGACUCUCGGCAGUUGCCCUUCCAUGAAGAAUGCGCGGGUGCUGCUGGGGGGGUGACCGUGCUGGCCACGCGGAGUUGAUGAAGCCCUCGGCGGUAUCAUGCGCGUUCUCCUCCCCGAGCCCGGCGGCGCGCAGUCUUUGCGGCUCGUUUGCACGCUCGUGCUCGUGAUGACGAUGGGGGUGGCUCCGUCCCCCGCGCUGUCGGCGGGCUGCCCCGGCCGCUGCGUGUGCGACGACCAGCUGGUGGUCCAGUGCGCCGGGCAGCAACUCGCCGAGUUCCCCGGCGACCUGCCGCUCGCCACUCGGCAGCUCGUCAUCUCCAACAACCGCAUAGAGGAGCUCCCUCCGCUGCAGCUCAACUACCUGUCCGACCUGGUGUACCUGGACUGCAGCAACAACUCCCUGAGCGAGCUCAGCGAGUCCACGUUCGGCAACCUGAGGAAGCUCGCCUACCUGGACCUGUCCUUCAACAGCCUCGCGCAGAUCGACGAGCGGACGUUCGGCCCCCUGGCCAGCCUGGUGAUGCUGCGGAUGACGGACAACCCGGGGCUGUCCGAGAUCCACGCGGACGCCUUCUCGGAGAACGCGGCGCUGCAGGUGCUGGACGUGAGCAGGAACAACCUGAGCGCGCUCAACAUCAGCACCCUCGUCGGGCUGCCCGCGCUGCGCUCGCUCGCCAUCGGCGGCAACCCCUGGAGGUGCGACUGCGACACCGAGGAUCUGUGCCUCUGGGUGCAGAUCGAGGGCUACAAGUUCCAAGAUGGAGGUCAGACCCUGUGCCAGUAUCCUCCAGACAUGUCGGGCCAGUGUCUGUCCGAGGUGGGCAUGCAGCUACGGGCCGAAUGCCACCAGAGCCUGGGCUACUGGGACUACCUCUUCUUCAUUGUCAUCGGCUUCGUCAUCUUUUCGGCAGGCACCGUGUCUGCCUGGGUGAUGGGAGUGCUGAUGGUGCUGUACGAGCGCUACAGCAAGAGGAAGAGCGAGGAACUCGACAGCGACGACGAGCAGGAGCGAGGUGGGGCUGGACUGGGGGGCGCUCAGGGCAAUGGGGACCUCAGGAAACCUGGCAUGCAGGUGUGAGGCUUCCGCCUCCGCUCCAGGCCCCACCGUCUCUUUCCAGCUCAAGCAGGGGGAUGACUCUCCGUGUGAAGGUAGACACCCGUAAAGCAGGUCACGGUGUUGGCAGAGUCUGAGGAAGUCCCGAGCGUCUUCGGCUCUGUCUGAAGAACGGGCGUGCCGGCGUUCCCCGGCUUGGAGUGUGGAAAGUGGAAUUAGCCAAGGUGUGGUUAAGGCGGAGUCCCUGGUGCAUCACAGACCUUCGAAAGAUGUUCUCUGAGACGCAGGGACAACUGGACAGGCGUGCUGCUGCUUUCACGCUCCCUGCAGCAGUGAUGUCAAUUCCGGUCUUUGUUUUUCAGAGGCGAACACCCGAAGCCCAUUACGUGUGGGACGCGUUAGGUUAGGUCAACAGCGUAAUCAUAAUCACUUAGACAACUAGUGCUUCUUCUCUCUUUUGCCCGGGUUGUAACAGGGCAUUUUUAUUUUUGGGGGGGAGGGAGGGGUGUUCGUCCAAACACUGUAAUAAAUAAGCCAGGCCUGGCCAGUGUCAAAUUGCUUUGAAAAAAAGACUUAAGGACUAAUGGCAUUUUGACAAUGGCAAUAAUAAAGCUUGGUGUGAGACAGGGAUCAGCAGUUGGUUCCAAACCACAAGCCCAGGUCAAGGUGGACUCUUGUGUCACACCUCCAUGUACAGCACCAAAAAGCCUUACAAGGUAUAAAUCUUAAGCAAUAACUCCUUGAUGGGUAAAGCAGUGCGAGCUGGAGUAAAGUCAUAUAUAGUAAGCUAGUUCAUUUCCACCAUGACUUAGGUUUUCACCCUGAAGUUCUCUGGGUGAAGUUCUUAUGGCAUAAGCGCAAACUCUGUACCUCCCCAAAACCAUUCUUACUCUUACCUGCACACCACAGCUUUUUCUCUGUGACACAUGGACAUCCUGUGUGUUUUCCUAACCUAUCUUUAGUUAUUUAACAUGCUAUAGGCUUGUCCACAGGGGUCUUCGCACAAGCUGAGCCUUUGAUUUACGACAUCUUCCGCCGAACCUCUUAUAUCACCUCGCCACCUCAAAUGGACAGCGCUGGUUCGGUCAGGACACGAGCGUAGAGGUCAUCCUGGUGACUGCUAAUGGCACUCUGAAAGUUAGUGUUAACCCGCCCUGGAACUGCAGUUAUAAAUACCAAGUUGUGAAGGGGAAAGAGGAUUAGCUGUAUUUAGGAUGUAGGACAGUCCGGGGGCAACGUCCACCGGUGGCCCCCCUGUUGCUGCCGAGGUUAGGCCGGUGUCAGCUCUAAGGUAGAGAGCGGUGACACCCAGAGGGGCCCUUCCUUCUGCCACGUCAUAUCAACGGCCACGCCCACAGGUGCUCGUCCCCGGGCUCCAACAAUACCAAUGCCUGUGUGUUUUUGUGUGUUUCUGUGCAAAUGAGUGCUGCUCGCUGUUCACAUCUCGACUAGGGGUCUGCCGCUUUGUCAGGGGUCCUCAUCCACGUGCCUGUUCCUGUGCAUAGCCUUCCAGAAAGCCCAAAGGCCUUCGGGUUCACAGAGGAGAAACAAAUAGGAUAGCCAGUCCGUAAAAACAGCUUUAAAGACAAUGUCUGACAUAAACUUGAACGUGGGAAAACGGGGGAAAGUGGCCUGGAAUGUCUCUCUCCCUCGGGCCAGCGUAUUGAUUUUACGCUUCCUUGGCCGAGGAAAACCGGGGUCUGUCCGUCACGCGAAUGUAAGUACAACGUUGAAAACGUCCACCGUGAGGAAUCUUCUCCAUUCUUCCCUGUUAGUUGUGGAGCUGGCUCUGCACAUCACAAGCCCACGGUAAAGACAAGCUGCCAUUCGGCGGCAGUUUGGAAACAUCAUCUGAAUCUGAUGAUGAGGUGAUGGUAUUCUUAGAGAAUGUUCA